CUCGCCUUCGGCCUUUGUCAAAUUUUUAUUUUGUAUUGUAAUGGGUAAAUACUUUCAACUUAUUUGUCAUUAGAUAAAAUUCGUAACUUUUUUUAUUACUAGUAUUUCGUGAAUACCAUUUUUUAAGUACCUUGUUUUCAUGUAAAUUAUAAUUAUAAACGACAUUUUAUGUUUACAUUACCAAUAGAUAUUUGAGACGUAUUAAUAAAAAAACAUUAUUGCUUAUCAAAAUGGGAUCAUUUCUUUUGUCCUCCUCGUUUGAUGCCGACGUUGAAAAAGCGACAAGCGGCACUAGUACAACAGAAGAUUGGGCUUUAAUAAUGGAAAUUUGUGAUAAAGUGGGAGCGUCAUCUGUAAAUUCAAAAGAUUGUUAUAAAUCAAUAGUGAAGCGACUUAAUAACCAAGAUCCACACGUAGUCCUUCAAGCCAUAACAUUGUUGGAUGCCUGCAUAAACAAUUGCGGCAAGAAUUUUUUACUCGAAGUAGCGUCUAGAAACUUUGAACAGGAAUUCCGUAAAUUGCUAGCUAAAAAUGUGCAACAAAAAGUAGCCGAGAAACUUAAAUCUGUGCUCAAAAAAUGGGCUGAAAACGAAUUUAAAAACGAUCCUCAACUAAGUCUCAUUCCAUCAUUAUAUUCCAAAUUAAAACAAGAGGGAAUAGAUUUUUCCCUCGUUUCAGAUCCUCACACUUCAAAUGCAUCUAAAUCAAAAGAUUUGGUAACAUUGCAAGAAGUCGAUGAUAUAGCCAAAGCUAUUGAGCUCAGCUUACGUGAAACUGACCGUUCAACACAAAAAAAAAAUACGUUUGAAGUGGAUCGAAGGGCGAAUUUAAAAAAAGUCAAGGCCCUGUAUGAUUUUGAAGCCGCCGAAGACAAUGAAUUAUCGUUUUCGGCUGAAGAAAUAAUAUACGUUCUCGAUUCAUCAGAUCCUAACUGGUGGAAAGGAUAUACAGAUAAGCACUUAGAAGGGUUAUUUCCAGCUAAUUUUGUAACGACGGAUUUAACAAUUGCAAAAGAUACAGCCGAAAUAGUUAACGUUAAAAAAACUAAAGUUAAACAUUCUGCUGAGGACUACAAGUCUGUUGAGAUCGACGAGAGCAAAAUCGAUUCUUUGCUACAGCUAUUACGGGAGGCCAACCCUGAAGACGACAGCACGGAUACUGAAGAAAUGUUGAUUUUAGAAGCACAGGUCAACGCUAUGACACCAAUGAUUGAGGCGCAGCUCGAACAAUUAGAUAAAAAACAUUCCCAGCUCACACAGUUGUGUACAGAACUUUUAGAAGCAGUUAAGUUGUAUAAUAUUUUCAUGAAAGAGCCACCGGCGGCAGCUUACGGCCCCAAACCUCAUGAAAACCAUAUGCCACACACAAUGUCCCCUCAACAUAUGAUUCCUCCAGCUCAUAUGCAAAUGUACAACGGUAUGAUGGCAAAUUAUCCCCAAAUGCCCAUUGAACAUUACAUGGGCGGUUCUCAAUACUCCAUGAAUCCCGGACACGUAGUUCCCGGACCUCCAAUGCACGACCAACCACAAUACCAGAUGUCGCCAAAUAUGCAGAACGUACCCAGUUAUAAUCAAAUAUAUGGACAUCCUCAUGGUGGGCCUCCUGAAUCAUCGUUACCACAAGUAAUAAAUUAUGCUCCACAACCUCAACAACCACCUGAACAACAAUAGUCAAAUAUUCAUAAAAUUCAUUUAAUUUCCUCGCUUUAAUGUUUUAUUCUUAGCCGCACUAUGGAAAAUGUUUUAUCUGUUUUAUUUCUAAAGAUUUAUAAAUAAAUAUUAAAAUUUGAUUUGUAAUUGUCCAUUGUUAUAUGUAUUUAUUAUUUUUUUUUUUAUACAAAUGUUUAUAUAAAAUAAUAUAUAAGUAUACAAAUAAUAUAUUUAUAAUAUUUAUU